GAGUUCUAAAGUGUGCCAAAUGUGGCAGCUGCUUGGCAUUCACAGGGAAUAGUCAGUAGCAUCUCCUUUCUUUUACACUAGAUGUUGCUGUUGGGCUCAAGAGCUUCUGGGUCCGUCCCACAAGAAGCAGUUUUACAACAGGUGUAGAUUGGCUAGGGCAGGUCUAACUCUCUAGCUCUGACAUUAGCCCCCCCCCCCAACUUAAAUCCAUCUUGAAGGAAGAAGGCUUUUCUCAGUUGUCCGGGAUUAGUAUAAUAAGUUGUGGACAACAAAGGAAGAGAAAUAUAUGGUGAAGGAAUGGCUUUUCUUUGGAAAGAAAUCUUGAUGGAAACAUUCCUGGGUUAUGCUUCCUGGUCUCUUUAUCAUGCCCUUCCACCAAUGAUCUAUUUUUUUCCUUUACAAACAUUGGAACUUACUGGCUUAGAGUGUUUUGCUCUUGCUUUCCUCUCUCCGAUGUUUCUGAUUAUUGGUCCACUUUGGAGGUUGGCCAACAAGAAGCACAUUCUAGUCUUGCUAAGGCUGAGCAUGAUUGGGAGCAUUAUUUCAUACCAAGCUCCAGCUUACUUUCGACUCUUGAUCUUGGCCAUGGGUGUUUCUUCAUCGUUGGUAGUUCAAACAGUAACAUGGUGGUCUGGCAAUUCUUUACAAAGAUACUGCAGAAUCUGGGGAUUUAUACUAGGAAAAAUUCUUCUUCUCGUUCUUCGGAUUUGCUAUACAUCGUUAAACCCAGUAUGGAAUUGUACAACUGCCAAUGUUACUAUAACUAUCCUAGGCUUCGUAGCAGCACUUGAGCGGACAUAUACAGGUACUAAAAGCCAAAAACAAGAAGCAAACAAGGUUGGAAACGCAGCAAAGGAAACCAUUCACGGUUCUAACUGGUUUUUGUCAGGGGCAGCUUUUGGCAGCCUAAUGUUCCUCACCUUCUGGAUUUUUGGAGAGGUCUCUCUAGUUUCUAGAUGGGCAGUGAGUGGACACCCGCAACCUGGGCCAGAUCCUAAUCCACAUGGAGGCGCCGUUCUGUUAGGGCUGGCUCAUGGACUGAUGCUGUCUUUCUGGCCUUGGUCUACCUGCGCCCUGUGUGGUUGGUGCCUUAUAGGUGCAGCAGGAGCAGCUGGUCUGCUUGGCUUACGAACGUGGUAUGCAGCCAUUGCUGGCGACCUCCUAGCUGUCUUUACAAUGUGCGUGUGGCCUCGCAUAACCGGAUGCUUCGUUAGCUGUUUACAUCCCGGGAAAGUCAUGAGUACAGCCAUGCUCAUAUUUGUGCUAAACACGUUCUUCUGUGUGUGGUGCACAGCUUAUAAAUUUGUGCCUGGUGGAAUCUAUGCUAGAGAAAGCUCUCAUAUUCUUUUGGGGUUCACCAUGCUGUUUAUUGUCAUAGGCACACUAGUUGAAUGCAGGAAGGAUCUUCACUCUCUGUUUCGGGUAAAAAGUAGUGAUAAACCAUUCUUCCAUGAAAGUGAAAAAUACAUCAAAUUAUCUCUGUGGCUGUUUGUAGGGGUAGGCCUGCUGGGAUUAGGAUUGCGAUAUAAAGCUUAUGAGAAAAAAUUAGGACAUGGGUCUCCAAAGAAAGACUUUUCAGCCCUGAUUUGGCCAUUCAGGUUUGGCUAUGAUAAUGAAGGGUGGUCCAGCUUAGAGCGAUCGGUCGUCCUUCUGAAUCAAACAGAGAACAGGAUGAUGGUACUGUCAAGAUACCCAGUCGUGAAGUCCAGACACCACCUUCUCCCUUCUCCUGAGGGAGAGAUAGCACCAGCCAUCUCCAUGACUGUGAACUUCACAGGGAAACUGGUGGAUUUUGUGGUUGCUCAUUUUGGAAAUGAAGAAGAAGACUCAGAUAGAGAGCUUCAAGCAAUAGCUGUUUCUAAUUUAUUGAAGAUGAGCUCUAACCAGGUUGUGUUUCUAGGAUACAUCACUUCAGCUCCUGGUUCCAGAGAUUACUUACAAAUAAUUGAAAAUGGCAACGUUAAGGAUAUUGACAACACAGAUCAAGAUAGAUGGUGCAGCUAUAUAAUGUAUCGUGGAUUAAUAAGAUUGGGCUAUGCUCGAAUUUCUCAUGCUCAUCUGAGUGAUUCUGAACUUCAAAUGGCAAAAUUUAGAAUCCCAGAUGAUCCAGAUAAUUAUAUUGACAAUGACAAACUCACCAUUGACCCCAGUGAAGUAUCAAAGGAAACACAUUUUGCCACAAGGUUUGGAUGCUAUCAAGAUGGGCACAAUUAUGAGAUGAACCAUCGUUUUCACAUGAGCACACCAAAGUACUUUAAGCAAGCUAGCUAGAAGAAUGACACACCAACAGGUUAGCAAACGGAGGACACCCACUGCACUGUGAAAACCAAUGACUUAGGACUGAUCCAUAUUCAUGGACUUAAACCAAAUGGACCGUCCUUGCCUUGCACAAGAGAAAAAAAAUGUGUGUAAUUCAGGCCACAGCAUCCAGCUUUUCACAGUAUACAAUUUGGUUUGAUUUGCAGCAAAUGUGUGUUGUUUUGUGUGUCUGUUUGUGUUAAAUGCCCCCACUAACUACUUAAUGCAUUCAGAAAAGUAGAGUUUGCUUUUGAAAAUGGUGAAUUUCCUAUACUGUACCUUACAGUGGUACCUCGGUUUACAAACUUAAUCCGUUUUGGAAGUCCAUUCUUAAACCAAAACUGUUUUUAAACCGAUGUGUGCUUUCCCUAAUGACGCCUCCCACCACCGGUGCCCUUCCACCGUUCAGAUUCUUUUCUUAGACUGAAGUAAAGUUAUCAAACCGGGACACUAUUUCCGGUUUUGUGGAGUUUGUAAACCGGACUGUUCUUAAACCGAGGUACUGUACCACUGUACACUGUAUUCAAUUUGUUGCCAGGCUGGCCUUUAGUGCAAUGCAUCUGUUUGUCCUCUAGGGGCCAAGUACUGUAUACCGUAUCACAAGUA